CUCAAAUUCAUAAAUCAAACGCAACACAACGGAAACUCAUUUUGAAACGAACAAUGGACACUGAAUAAACCCAUUUUCCCGCACAAAAUCUCCAAAUAUCACAACAAUGAAAUCACCUCCGUCCAAGUCCAACAACACCGAAACCGAAGAAGAAACCAUUGCCUUCAACAGAAAAAGAGCACGCCGCGUAAGCUUCGCCGAUAACGAAAUCACCUCCGUCCACAUCUUCCGUCCCGACGACGACCACUCCUCUUCCUCCUCCGACAUCCCCGCAGAUACCCUAGGUUUCUUCCGUAAAAUCGGCGGAGACAGCGACGACGAAGUUGAACCGCGCCAAAACCCUACUGAUGACGCUGCUGAAGUCGUAGAUCAUCGGAACUCCUUCCUGCAACCGAUUGGUUCUCCUUCUCCCGGUGGAAGUAGCAAUAACGCUGAUGACGACAGUGAUGAUGACGAAUUUCGUGGUCCUGUAUCGACGGAUUUCAUUAAACCGGAACGGCUAUCAGAUUCCGGUGUCUCCGACGACAUUACGAUGGACUCGACUGCAUUUUCAAUGCAUUACCGGAGUCUUGCUCGUUCGGAUUCAGGGGAUCUUAAAACUCCGACUAGGUUUGAAGCGACGGUGACUACAGCCGUUCAAAGCAGUGCCACAUCGGGGAGUUUGAUGGAUUUUACCGACGGUGAUAAAAAAACGCCUCAGUCGCCGGUGGUGGCGAGUGCUAGCGGGGAUUCAGAUGCUAUGAGUAUUGAAGGGGAACAAGGAAGAAAAACCCAUGAUUAUGGAAGACUCUCUCCUAAGUUGGUUGCAAUUUUGGCACAGGGAAGUAAGGAUUUGGAUGGUGUUUCGCUGUUAGGUUCAAAAGCUACGCAAUCACCAAAUGGAAAUGAUAUUGAGGUUUUACCUGAUUUGGCAUGUUCAGCUAACUCGCCUGUUCGUCGAAUCACCCUUGAUAGUGCAAUUGCUUCUGCUUCUGAGUCUUCAACCAAGAACACCAAGGAGUUUGUUAAUGAUGCAACUCCGUUAGCUUUUAAACAAUUGAGCUCUGCUAAGGCUAAUAGAAGAACCCCACCAAAGAUGGAUAAAGGUGAUAAGUUAGCCACAGAUUCACCAAUUGCAGUUCAUGUGGAGGUUUUACCCACCAUGGAAAGUUCAGUUAACUCUCCUGUUCAUCAAAUCACCCCAGUUGCUUCUGCUUCCAAGUCUUCAACCAAGAACAGGGAGUUUGUUAAUGAUGCAACUCCAUUAUCUUUUAAACAAUUGGACUCUUCUAAGGCUAAUAGAGGAACCCCGCCAAAGAUGGAUGAAGGUGAUAAGUUAGAUUUGGCUGCUAAGUAUGAACUGGGUUUCUGUGAAGUCCCCAUAAAAGAGAGUAAUUCUAAAGAUAGGGGACAUGUGACUGACUCUAAUCAUAAGUCCGAUCAAGUUACUGGAAAUCAUCCAGUACAUGAGUUUACACCAUUGUCACUUUCUGCAAAUAAAGUAGUAUUUAUGGGUUCUUCUGAUUCAUUCAGAUGUACCGGAAAUAUAACUCCUCCCUUAAAGCAAUCUGGUUUGCUUGUGCCUGAGGUACAUGUCGAAAAUAGUGCAACUUUGUUGUCCAUACAUAAAAGCAUUUCAAAGUUGAAAACUCUUAAGGCUACCCCAAACACCUCUACUCUCAAAGAAGGAACUGACAAAUUGAAACUUAGGUUUUCAAAAUAUUCCCCAGGGACUUCUUUCUUUGGUGAAAGAGAUUUUGAAAACAAGCAAGUUGAAACUCUUACUGCUCCUUUGGUGGAAGAGCCGUUUAGUUUAACUCUCGAGAAUAACAUGAAUCGAAGUUUUAUCAACACCGACGAUCGUGUAGUUGAUUCUUUGAUUUCGGCCAAUGUUUCCUACAAUGAUGAAAAUCUUGAGCCUGUGAUUGGUGCUUCUUCCUUGCUUAAGACUCGUAUAACAAGAGUGGCAGAUUUUGACCUGGCAGAUGGCACAGUCGAGGAAAAAAAUGAAGUUCUAACCACUACGCAUGCCAAACCUUUUGCUUCCCCUGUAAAAUCAUUUGGCCAUACUUUAUCGCCAUCAGUAGAAUGUCAAAGUAAUUGCCAUGUUGAGUUGAAGCAAACGGAUAUGCAGAAUGAAUCUUUUAAUGGUGGUUUAGGACAGGCCAUUGAAUACGACAAACCGACAGCAGCUAAAAAAUUGGAUUUGUCUGGUGAUGGAAAUAGUGAACAGCCUAACUCACCUUUUGAGGAUGCACAGGUCAGCAAACUGAUUAAGAGCACAUUGAAGGGAAAACCGCCCAGGAGUCCUUGUAAUAGAUUUCUAGAUCUAAGCAGUCCUAUCCAAGAAUUAACAACUGUGUUGCCCUCCCUGCAAGAACCUCCUAGUGAUAUCCGAGACUUGUCUCACAGGAUUAAUUCUGAUGGGAAUGGUGUUGAUCUUGAUAACAACGGCUAUCCGGCACCCCAAGUAGCUCAGAGCCCUCUUACCGAAACUGGUAUCAAGGUUUCUUCUGGGAAGAAAAUGAAAGGCGUUGAUCUUGAUAACAACUUUCAUCCGGCACUCCAAGUAGCUCAGAGCCCUUUUACCAAAACUGGUAUCGAGGUUUCUUCUGGGAAGAAAAGGAAAGGUGUCGAGUUUUUAAGUGAUAUCCGAGACUUGUCUCACAGGAUUAAUUCUGAUGGGGGUGGUGUUAAUCUUGAUAAAAACUGCCAUCCGACACUCCAAGUAGCUCAGAGCCCUCUUACCAAAACUGGUAUCGAGGUUUCUUCCGGGAAGAAAUGGGAAAGUGUUGAUCUUGAUAACAACUGCCAUCCGACACUCCAAGUAGCUCGGAGCCCUCUCACCAAAAGUGGUAUCGAGGUUUCAUCUGGGAAGAAAAGGAAAGGUGUCGAGUUACUAAGUAAUUUCCGAGACUUGUCUCACAGGAUUAAUUCUGAUGGGCAUGGUGGUGAUCUUGAUAACAUCUGCCAUCCGGCACUCCAAGUAGCUCAGAGCCCUCUUACCAAAAAUGGUAUCGAGGUUUCUUCUGAGAAGAAAAUGAAGGGUGUCAAAUUAUUAAGUGAUUUCCAAGACUUGUCUCGCAGGAUUAAUUCUGAUGGUCAUGUUGUUGAUCUUGAUAACAACUGCCAUCCAGCACUCCAAGUAGCUCAGAGCCCUCUUACCAAAACUGGUAUCGAGAUUUCUUCUGGGAAGAAAGGGAAAGGUGUCGAGUUAUUAAGUGAUGGAGACAAUAUAGAGAAGACAGGGAGGACUGACAGAAAUCCAGAGGUUCAUAAAAGUGGGGAUGGAGAUCUACAGUUUGUUUUGGAGCAAACAGGUUCUAUGGGAAGUGAAAGAGAAAAGUUUGGAGAUCAGAAGUGGGAUGAUUUGGAUCAUGUUAUAAAAAAAUUCUCAACCAGCACAAAACAAUUGCUUUCUCCGUCAUUUGAUAAGCUAAAUUUGAGAUUGAUUGGCACGCUGGAAGAUAUUUUGGUUCAUCUGCAGAAAGUUAAGAAAUGGGAUAUUCUUUCUUCUGAAAUUCAUUCUCAGAAGAAAUUAAUGGAUCCUCUAAAUAUUCGCAGACGCAAAAGAAUUGUGGAAAUGAAAAUGUUGCUUUUUAAUAUAGCAUAUGAGAAGUCUAAGCUGCAAUUAAUGAAUGCUAAGCGUGAGAGAUUACUGAAAAAAGUACAACAGCUGAGUUCUGGGCUUCAAGAGACGCAGAUGAUAAAAAAUUCCAUGUCAUGUUCUGCUAAGAGUAGACCGGUUGACAUUCAAGCUGAUGGUAGUCACAUCAAUACAAGAUUUUUUAAUUCCCAAGGAAAAUCUCAGGUUUCUUGCAAAAAAGUGAUUGAAAUGAGGCAGGAGCUUGAAAGUUUGGAUCAGAAAGCAAAACCUUUAAGUGAAUUUUUUUAUAGUUACUGCAAGAUGGAAGGGGAUCAAAGCUAUACCAACGUCAUAAAAUCUGUUCCUGGUUAUUUGGAAAAGAUAAUGUCUUACAAGUUGGAAUUCCAGAAUUUGAAGUUGUGGGAUAUUGAAGAUUUUGAGCGCAAGGAUGACCAUCACAUGAUUAUUCUCAACUAUUGCGGAUAUAUCAUCCAAAGGUUGACAGUAAAUGCUGGUCUAUCAAGCAUUAUAGUAUCAAAUUGCUUGAAUGAUGCGAAUAUUGGAAAGACCUAUCCGAAUAUGGAUGCUUUCUCUGCAUUUGCGUUUGCCUUAAAUCCACAUACCACUAGCAAACGCACAGGUCGAAUCAGUAUGGCACAAGAAACACAGACAACAGGUUCACUUCUAAGUAAUUUGCUAGAUGUGGUUGAGGAGGUUCAGUUAGCUCGGGUAGACAUUAGAAAUUUGGUCCAAGCUAAGUUCAAUUCUCAUUCAGUUCAUCAACUUGAUUUGCAGCUAUCUUUCAUUGACUUCUGUGGUGGGAAGAAGGUGCAAGUGAUUCUCGAUAUGACAUGCUUAAAAUGUGGGGCCUAUCCUGCUGAGGUUCUUCCAUCUCAAAUAUAUGAUCCUGCUGCUAGUGGGGAACAAAAGGCUCUUCCUUCGUCGCUUGUAGAUGAAAUAAGAACUGCAGCUGAGAGUGUGAGCGUGGGGUAUUCAAGAAUUAUUAGGCUGUGUAGGCGCAUUUCCCAGGCAGUUCAGGGUUGCACUAAAGGCAGAUGAUCCUGUCUAAUUGCCUUCAUUCGUUGUCAAUUUUGGGUGGAUUGUUCAUUAGAGCUUUAUGUUGGUUGUAUAUAUAUUGUCACAUCAUGUGACUAUUAAUGGACGACUGAUUCUCAUACGCAACAUUAAAAUUAUUCACCAAUUUCCCAAUGAUUAGUGCUGCCAUAAAGGAAAUCGGUUUAUUACGAUCUUAAGCUCUCUGUGACCUUCUGCAAUAAGUAUCUUGUAUAAUUAAAGUAUAAUAUUAGGUUAUCAGAUGAUUCAAAAUGUCAGAUGCAUGAUCAUAAAAUGAAAAUCUGUAUAUUUCUUGUGA